CCAGAGGUAGCCAGAGGGUCCAGGUAUCUGUCCUCAAAACCAAUCAUGGAUUUCACUCGUAAAAGCUUCCAUAGAAGCAACAGCUUCACUAAUCAGCCCAGUUUUGUCAUGAGUGGGGUAGCAUUUAGGAAGGGGUUUAUACAAGGUUUCUCUUCUCCCAGUGUCUAUGGUGGGGCCGGAGGUCAGGGUACCCGAAUUUCAAGCACCAGCCAAGUGGCCACUUAUGAACGUAAUCUCAGUGAAGAUUUCUCUGUUGGCAAUGAAAAAAUCACAAUGCAGAACCUGAAUGACCGUCUAGCCAGCUACUUGGAAAGGGUACGGUCUCUGGAGCAGACCAACUCCCAGCUGGAAACCCAGAUCAGGGAAUGGCAUAAGAAGAGCUCUCCCAUCCUGACCCGGGACUACAGCUCCUAUUUCAAAACAAUUGAAGAUCUCCGAAAACAGAUUAAAGAUGCCCAGCAGGCCAAUGCCUUUUGUAUCCUGCAGCUUGAUAACUCUAAACUGGCCUCUGAUGAUUUCAGAAUGAAGUAUGAAACUGAGCUUAGAAUGAAAUUGGCUGUGGAGGCUGAUGUCAAGGGACUGCAUAAAGUCUUUGAUAAUCUCACCCUACAGAAGUCAGAUUUGGAGACACAAAUUGAAAAUCUGAAUGAAGAACUGCUUUUCCUUAAAAAAAGCCACCAGGAGGAGAUCACUAACCUGAAAGGACAAUUGGGUAACACUGUCAACGUGGAAGUGGAUGCUGCUCCUAGUCAUGACCUUGGAACCAUAAUGAAUGAAAUGAGACAGAAAUAUGAAAUCAUGGCACAAAAGAAUCUUCAGGAGGCCAAAGAACAGUUUGAGAAAAGAAUUGAAAGUUUGCAACAAGAGGUCCAAGUGAGUACCAAGGAGAUAAAAACCGGUGAGGUUCAAGUGAUGGAACUGAGACGCAACUACCAGACCUUGGAGAUAGAGCUCCAGACCCAGUAUAGUACGAGAGCAUCUUUUGAGCAUGCCCUAGAAGAGACCAAUGCUCGUUAUGGUGCACAGCUGGCUCAGAUUCAAGCAUUAAUAAGCUCUGUAGAGGCUCAGCUGAUGCAAGUCCGGUCUGACAUGGAACGACAAAAUGAAGAAUAUAAUGCCCUUCUUGAUAUCAAGACCCGCCUGGAAAUGGAAAUUGCCACUUAUCGCCGCCUCCUGGAAGGAGAGGAUGUCAGAUCUGAGAAUUUCCAAUUAGCCACUAUGGAUGAAAAAGAUAUAAAGAAAACCCGGAAGAUUAAGACAGUUGUGGAAGAAGUAGUAGAUGGCAAGGUUGUGUCAUCUCAAAUCAAAGAAAUAGAAGAGAAUAUAUAAGCAGCUACCAGAAGAAAGUGGAAUCAACAAGUUGGAAAAAUUUGAUCAAACUUUACAAUGCUCUGUUAAGAAACUCCCUUUUAACAAGCUUGGUGAAUGUUUUAUGGUAACAGGAGAUAAGAAACUCAUUAAUCAUACACUUCUAUGAGAUUUUUCAAAAUGCCCUCCAAAUACUUCAUUCAAAACAUUUGCAAGAAUAUUACUUAAUAUAAUUAUUCAUACAAUCAGUACAAGGAAAUUUAAAAGCAUCUUCAUUGACUGAAAGUUGUAGACCUUCUAAUCACAAAAAUCCUCUAAUUUUAUAGAUACAAACAUAAAUGAAGACAAAUCUCUUUCAUUUUUCCUCCCAAAAUUCAUAUAAUAUUUUUCUGUAAUCUCUUUUCUUAUCAUGACUGUUUCUCUAAUAAUCUCACUGAAUUUCAGAGAUCUUGAUCUUUCUAUCUCUUCUGAAUUAGAUUUCUAUUCCUACCCCUAAGUCAUCUACUAUGGCAUAUUUUAAGAAUUUGACUCAUUGCACAUGUCUAUGUGAGAGAUGAUUUAUUUGGACCCCUAUUCUAUUCCAACCAGUAUUAAUCAAUUUGGUAGAAUCAUAUCAAAUUUCUUAUAUAAGGGCCCAGAGGUAUGAGCUGCAGAUUCAAAGUUCACUUGCUUAACUAUAGGAAGUUAACUAAAGGCCCUCCACCCAUGUUUUGCUUUGUUUUAGUGACCAAGCCCAGUAUGGCAGAGGUGACAACUACAUGGAAAGUCCCCAAAAAUAUAUUUGUAUUUCCAUAUCAAUCCCUCAUCCAAUAGGAGCAAUCGCUCUUAUCUGAGGUCACUAACUGUAAUAACUUGUACUAUUUCCUCUUGCCCAACCUAAAGAGAAGCCUGCCUAUCUUGAAUGAAGAUAUUCCUUACUUCACCCAACUUGUGGCCCUGCUGACAUAUUACUUUGUUUAUUUUAGCUUAUGUAUCACCUGUCAAUCAAUAACAUUAUUGUGUGUUUGCUAUAGUUGUUCUUGAGUGAUUGAACAUCUAGCCCUAUAAGAAUAAGGUCCUGGAAGGAGAAGGCAUCUCAAAUAUUGAAGAAGAUCUAAGGUCCACUUCAUUAGAAGGGAUUAUGCACCACUUAAUAAAGUGCCAUUGGCUCAGAGCUCUGUCUCACUAUUGUAGGGGUGACAAUUUUAAUCUCCCCAUCUACAAAUGUAGCUCAUCAUAUUUGGAAUGAGCAUCUAAGAAAUUAUCAAAGACUUCAGCCUUUCACAAAGUAAAAUAAUGACUUUCUUUAUACUCUUAUCAAUAAACAGUAUGAUUCAGUGA